GCCCUGCUCAGCAUGCUGGCUGCUGGAAUAUCCUAAAUGAUCGCGGAUUAUGUGAGUGUCUCUCUCAUAUUGAGAGUAAAGCCGCAUCUCUGCAUCUCUUUGUAACUCUGCUGCUUGGCUGGGCACAGGAAUGAGCGCGGCGGUGGUGCACAGAGGAUUCCUCAGGAAAUAUGGUGGCUUCAUGUUCAAACAAUGGAAGGAAAAGUACCUGGUUUUGACGGUGGAAGGAAAUCUGAUGGUGUGCCGAGAUGCAGACUCACCUCCGGACCAGCUGGUGGCGCUGCAGAGUAACUGUGAGUCCAUAGUGGAGGGGAAGGAAAUCUUAGAUUUGCCCCGUUUGCCCUCUGGAGGCCGCCGAGACAGCUGCUUUGCCCUCAUCCUGCCCCAAGACAAGUUCCUCCUCCUGCUCUCAGACAGUCCAGAUGAGUGCACUCAAUGGCUGAAGUUACUCAGGAAGGUGAAAGAGGGUGUGACUUCACCACUUGCCCUGAAGAGACAGCAGAGCAUCACACCCUGCAUCACAGACAGAGAGCCGCUUCCAGACGUCUCCAGUGACAAAGACCCGUCGUCCCCGCACCUCAGUGACAAGGGCCUGAGCUCCCCGCUGGUCCGCUCCAGAGAAAACUCCUUCAGGCACAGAGGCAGCGUAAACCAGCGGCCUCCCCGCAGCCCCACCACGGCUGUGCCCCUUCGCUCUGCAGACUGUCUGCGGCACGGAAACAGCAGCGAUGCUCGGGCCGUGAGAGCGGUCUGUCUGCUGAUGGGUGGAGCAGCCGCAUCCUCGGCACUGGGAUACCUCAAUUCCUGUCCACCUGCCUCCUCCAACAUGGCCGUCCAUUCUCCUGAAGUGACCCACUCCACAGGAUUAUCAGAAAUGAGUGGAGGCAGCUCUUACCAUGCCUGCAGCCAAGCCAUAGAGUCACCACAUUUUAACAGCUUCGACUUUGAGGGAGAUUCAGAUUUUGAUGCUUUUGACUGUGGAGGGUUUGCUUUUUAAUGGAAUAUGUUUACAUUAUUUGCAGGGUUCUCAGUCGUGGAAAUGUUAGGGAAUUAGAAAAUGUUUAUUUUAAGGACCAGAAAGGUAUGGAAAUUAAUAAACUCUUUAAAAAGUCAUGAAAAUUCCUGUGGUGUAUAUGUCUUCAGGAUUGUAGACAUAUGUGUGCAGACUACUAUAUGUUUUUUUUUUUUUUUUUUAAAUAGUAGUAGUUAAAAGCAACUGGAAAAAAGUCAUACACAUUUAUUGUCCAUAUGAUUUUGGAUGCUGCACACUGUCAGGGAUUCUGCACGAUCACAACCACCACCACAGUAACCAGCCCCUACACACACCAGAACCCAGUCACCUGAUUAUUGAUCACCCACACCUGCACUCUGUAAUCAAGACCUCUUCAUAAACGUCCACACUCAGUCUCCCAUUGUCUGCACUUCAGUUCACUUCUCUGACUCUCUCAUGGUACUUACCUGUCUGUAUUUAUCCCCAGAUGCUCCAGUGCUCUCCCGAUCCUGAUUUCCUUGACUCCAGCACAAUUCCCGAUCAACCUGCAUAGGAUACUACACCAAUCACCUCAGAACCCAAUAACUGUUAGUGUUUCUACUCCCCUCCUCACGGUUCCUGCCAUUGCAUUCUGAAACUCAUUCAAUAAACAUACCUGCUAUUGCACUAA